AUGUCCCUCACAAGGCUGGAUGGUGCAUCUGUCCACCGUCUAUGCUCCGGUCAGGUCGUGCUUGAUCUGACCAAUGCCGUCAAGGAACUCGUCGAGAACGCCUUGGAUGCCAAUGCAAGUUACAUCGAGGUGCGCUUCAAAAACUUUGGUUUAGAUUCCAUCGAAGUUAUCGACAACGGAGCUGGCAUACCGGCCGACGACUACGAGAGUAUCGCUCUGAAACAUUUUACGUCCAAACUUCGUCAAUUCGAAGAUCUCACUACCGUCGACACUUUUGGGUUUCGAGGCGAGGCAUUGAGUUCUUUGUGUGCUCUUGCGGACGUCUCUAUCACAACCUCACAGAAGCAUGAGGAACCAAAGGCAACAAAGCUCGAGUUCGAAAAGAACGGACACCUAAAAUGUCGAUCCAUCACCUCUGGUAAGCGAGGGACUUCCGUAACAAUCAACCGAUUGUUCGAGAGCUUGCCUGUUCGCCGCCGGGAGUUCGAGCGUCAUCAUAAGCGUGAGUUCACCAAAGCUGUAUCAUUGUUACAGGCUUACGCCGUCGCCGCUGUGGGCGUCAAGUUUCUUGUAACAAACACUCCCCCGAGCGGGAAGAAAGCUUCGCAAAUCAGAACGAAUGGUGGGAAACAUCUGCGCGACAACAUCACUAAUGUCUUUGGCGCGAAAGUGAUGUCUUCACUCAUGCCGGUCGAGUUUGCAACCGAGGAUAUCGACCUUGAAUCGCGUCUCAAGUUUGGUGAUCAAAGCAAUUCGCCCAUCGCCUUGAACGUUUCCGGUUUCAUAUCAAAACCCGACGUUGGCGAAGGCAGAUCCUCUUCUGACCGUCAGUUGUUAUUCAUCAACAAUAGACCAUGUGGCCUGUCGAAACUUAGUAGGAGCAUCAACGAUAUCUACGGAGUGUUCAAUUCGAAUCAGAACCCAGUGUUUGUGCUGAACCUACGACUCCCUUUUGAUUCAUAUGAUGUGAACGUCACACCAGACAAGCGGACCAUAUUUCUGCAUGGUGAAGACACUAUUGUCGAAACGGUCAAGUUGAACCUUUUGCAGAUUUUUGAGGCAUGUAGCCGUCACGUCGCCAGACAGCCUCAGAUACCGUAUACUGCCGAGGAGUCUACGGAGCUGGUGCCUGAACCCAGCAAACAGCAAAAGGAGUUGCGUACCGACAAGGACAGCCAUGCCGAUGAUACAUAUCCACGACAUCCCUAUCAGCAUAAGGGAACUUCAGGAGAGGAUCCACAUCCUACAGUUGUGAUACGAAAGCCUUCGAAAGACGACAUGAGUGGAGAUACCGUUGGUCGCACCUUGAGUGUAAACGUCGAACCUGAUGAUCUGAAGAGACGAUUCAGUAACCGGUCAUCAUCAAUAACGUUAGGCCUGAGUGCAGCAAGUGUCAAGCGGUCGCGGUCUACAAUGCCGGAUAUGGACAAUGCUGCAAAUGAACUUCUCGGGUCGAAGCGCCGAGCAACCAUAUCCUCGUUUUUGUCGUCUAACGUGAUAGGGGAGGUAUCGGGGCUCGGGGAAGCAGAAGAAGGAGGCGAGGAGAACGAUGCGCAAAGUUGCAUCGGAGCACCAGAAGAAGUUGGACACGAGAUUACUGACGAAAUCAUCUUACCUGCUUCGGAGCAAAGUGAGGGCUGUGAUGCUGGCAUGGCACAACUUGAGGCGGCAGCUCUUUCUGCGCCGGGCAGCCAGGUCAGGUCAGCAGGGGCAUUGUUCGCUGAUUCCCCAAGUGUCAUUUACAAGCGAGCAGAACCGGCAUAUCGUAAGCAGCAUCCAGACUUGGUAGCUGUUGGUGGUGAACGAAGGGAGCUGUUAGGGGGUGAUAUGUCACAACCCGACCAGAGUUCAGAGAACCAUGACGCUAUAGAAUCGCCCUUCGAUCGGGCUCAAGUUUUGCUUGGCAUUGAAAGACCGGCAAUUUGGUCAAAAAAGGCUGCGGUCCAUGAGCUGUCGUUGGAAGUAUCAACCUCCUUGGAAGAUGUCAAGCGGAAACUUGGGGCUACCGUCAUCACCGGAAGAAAGCCAUCUUCUGCUGCAGGCAAUGGAAAUGACAUACUCGAGGAUAUUACUGCAGACGGAGCAGAAGAGCGGCUUUCCAUCUCUGUCACAAAGGCCGACUUCGCUGAUAUGCGCGUUAUCGGACAGUUCAAUCUUGGUUUCAUUAUCGUGGCAAGGGCCCAAAUGGAGGACAAUCCAUCGGCAGAUAGAGUUGAUGACAUAUUCAUUGUAGAUCAGCAUGCGAGCGACGAGAAGUACAAUUUCGAACGCUUGCAAGCAGAAACAGUUAUACAGCACCAGCCGCUGGUUAGACCAAAAGCACUGGACCUUACGGCUAUUGAAGAGCUAGUCGUGGCGGAGAACCUGGACGUCAUCCGACGAAAUGGGUUUGAGGUAGGUGUCGAUGAUAAUGGAUCCACGGGCAGGAAAUGCACGCUUAUCGGAUUGCCCAUGAGCAAAAACACGAUUUUUACGGUCAAGGAUUUGGAAGAAUUGAUACACGCGAUACAGGAGCGUCCUUCUCAAGAUGUCCGUUGCUCAAAGGCGCGUGCAAUGUUUGCAAUGCGAGCCUGUCGGAGCAGCGUGAUGGUUGGCAAGGCAUUGACUCAUGAAGCUAUGACCAAGAUCGUUCGGCACAUGGGGGAGCUCGAUCAGCCGUGGAAUUGUCCACAUGGGCGACCUACUCUUCGAUCACUGUUGGACCUCGGGAGGGUUGAAUGUUGGACUGAGGAUCUGGUAAAACGAACACACCAAACUUGA